AUGGAACUAUUGAAUGAAUUUGAUUGCUCUGGAGCUGCUGUUUCUUCGCCCCUCGAUCCCUACUCCAAGCUUCAUGAAUCUGAUAGUCCCCCCAUGCCAAAUCCAACACUUUAUCGUCACCUCGUGGGCAAGCUCAAUUACCUAGCCCACACUCGACCCGACCUAUCCUUUGCAGUUUUGACCCUCAGUCAGUACAUGCAACACCCUCAAAAUUCUCACUUUCAAGCUGCUUUGAGGGUAUUGCGUUAUCUACGCUCAGAUCUGGGUCAAGGGAUCUUUCUUCCAUUGCAUUCUUCAUUUGAGUUGCUUGCUUUCUGCGGUGCCAAUUGGGCGUCGUGUAAAACCACUCGUAGAUCCAUUAGAGGCUAUUUUAUCACACUUGGUGGUUCUCCCAUAUCCUGGAAAUCAAAGAAACAAGCAUCAGUAUCCUUGUCAUUUGCGGAAUCCGAGUAUCGUUCUAUGAGAAGGGUCACCGCAGAAAUAACCUGGUUGGUACGGCUACUUCAAGAUUUAUCAGUCUCACCCACUCUUCCGAUCACCGUCAACUCAGAUAGCCAAGCAGCCAUCAACAUCGCCGAAAAUCCGAUCUUUCACUAA